UAUCGCGAUACGACUUUUUCAAUUCGAUUUUCAUUACACGACAGGUUUAUCAUCAGUCAUUUAUGAGAUUCGACAAGGGAAUUGAAAAAAUGCGCGACUACAUACAUAACACGAAGAAGCAUAUGUAUCUGGUCGGAGUUCUUCAAGCGUCCAAAGAUUAUUGCUCCCGUCUAGGACUCGAAACCAAAAGCUGGACUCUAGACGAUGCGCUGAAAUAUUUUUCAAAAGAGAAAAACUGCCAAGCAUCGUAUGAUGCUACGAAAAAGAAGGACUCCGUCAAAAUAUACGAUAAAUAUUCAACUUGCAUAGCUGAGAAAUUAAUCGAGUUGAAGAAGGAUACAGAUGUUGACAAUGAACGGACAGAUGUCAUAAAGAACAGUGGGAUCUCUAUGCAGAGAAUGUUCGGUAUGGUGGCAUUGGUAAUAUGUACAUCGAUAACAUCACCGCGAUGUUGUAAUACUUUGGCUAAUUAUUUAUGCUUCAAAAUCCUAUUGUUUCAGGAUCACUAUAAACCCUGUAUGUUCCUUUUCGGCAAUGAUUCGAAAUGCAGUCUAUUGUACUGCUUGCAUGAAACAUCUGUUAUGCCCAACGACGUACGAGCAAGUUCUUCGAGAAGAUCCUUGGGAGUGCUUCCUCUGCGCGAAAUCUCAAUCAUUUGCCGAUUCGUUUGUCAAGCCUCGACUAAACUGGAAAGCGAAGAUAAUAAGCAUGUUCCGUACGAAUUUCAAAUCGAACGUGAAACAGUUGGUGAAACGUAAUCACGAGAAGAAAAAGAUACGUGUGCUAUCUUUAUUCGAUGGCCUUAGUACAGGUUUACUGGUGCUGCUUAAGUUAGGUAUAGUUGUGGACAAGUAUUAUGCGAGCGAAAUCGACCCGGACGCGUUAAUGGUGAGUGCUACACAUUUUGGCGAUCAAAUCAUUCAUCUGGGCAACGUGAAGGGCAUCACAAAGGAAAAGAUCAAGCAAAUAGCUCCUAUCGAUUUAUUGAUCGGUGGAUCACCCUGCAAUGACCUAAGUUUGGCUAAUCCAGCGCGACUUGGUCUCCAUGAUCCAAAAGGAACUGGUGUUCUUUUCUUCGAGUAUAGUCGAAUCCUGGAUCUAGUAAAGAAAAUCAAUAAUAAACACCAUUUAUUUUGGUUCUAUGAAAACGUCGCUUCGAUGCCGACUGAAUAUAGAUUAGAAAUUAACAAAUAUUUAGGACAAGAACCUGAUACGAUAGACUCGGCUGAUUUUUCCCCUCAACAUAGAUUGAGGCUAUACUGGCAUAAUUUACCGCUAGAACCACACUGGUUGCCUAAUCAAGAGCAGCAAGAUGUACAGGAUAUACUUACGCCGCAUUGUCAACGUUAUUCACUUGUUAAGAAAAUUCGUACUGUUACUACGAAAGUAAACUCGCUAAAGCAAGGCAAAUUAGCUUUAAAACCAAUUCUUAUGAAAGACGAAACUGAUUCCUUGUGGAUAACUGAACUCGAAGAAAUAUUCGGGUUUCCGCGCCAUUAUACGGACGUGAAGAAUUUAUCAGCAACAAAAAGGCAAAAAUUAAUAGGGAAAUCUUGGAGCGUCCAAACUUUAACUGCCAUUUUUAGAUCUCUCUGUCCCUUUUUUGAGUGCAAUACGACUAAAACGAAUCGACCA